UCGCGGAAUCUAGUUAACCUAAACGUCUUUAAUGGACCUUUGCCCUUUUCGCUGCAAAUUGUCAUCAACGAAUAUAACUAAUUUGGCCAUUUUGCCCUUUCCUAGCCACUGCUACCACCCGCUACGGCCGUCGCCUCUCUCUUCAACUUUACAGCGUCCCUCACCAUCACUGUUUUCCAUUCCUCUAAUUUACUUUUAAUUCCCAAACCAACCGCGUCAAAAGGGAAAGUAACAAUGUGGGGAUGGUGGAGAUUCGGAAAAUGGACGGUCCUGAUUAUGUUCCUUCACAUCAUUGCCAUUUUGAUCUUCACCAAAGGCUUUCUCUUAACCCGAACUGAACUUCCCCACUCCAGCCACUGCUCUGAUCUUUCUCAAUCUCCUUGCCAUUCGUCCCCUUCUUCUUCUUCUUGUUGGACCAAGCCUGCCGUUGACCGUCUCAUCAUCAUUGUUCUCGAUGCGCUGCGAUUUGAUUUCGUUGCUCCAAGUUCCUUUUUUGAGGAAAAACAACCUUGGAUGGAUAAGCUCAAAGUGUUACAGAGGAUGGCUUCAGAGAAUCCUUCUUCAGCUAAGAUUUUUAAAGCUAUUGCUGACCCACCUACUACCAGCUUGCAACGUCUGAAGGGAUUGACAACAGGGGCGCUCCCUACUUUUAUCGAUGUUGGGAAUAGCUUUGGUGCUCCUGCCAUUGUUGAAGACAAUUUCAUUAGUCAGUUGAUUCAAAAUGGGAAGAGAGUGGUGAUGAUGGGAGACGAUACAUGGACACAGUUGUUUCCUAAUCAUUUUAACAAAUCCUAUCCAUAUCCUUCUUUUAAUGUUAAGGAUCUCAACACGGUAGAUAAUGGAUGCAUUGAACACCUACUUCCAUCAUUAUAUCAACAAGACUGGGAUGUACUUAUUGCGCACUUUCUUGGAGUGGAUCAUGCAGGCCAUAUCCAUGGUGUUGAUUCCACUCUAAUGAUCGAAAAACUGGAGCAGUACAAUGCAGUUUUAGAGAAAGUAAUUAAAGAGCUCCAGAACCAGUCUGGACCUGGCAAGUUACAUGAGAAUAGUUUACUUCUUGUAAUGGGUGAUCAUGGACAAACCUUAAACGGGGAUCAUGGAGGAGGAAGUCCUGAGGAGGUUGAAACAUCAAUAUUUGCUAUGAGUUUUAAAGAUUUGCCUUCCCUGCCAUCUGAAUUUGAUUCUUCAUCUUGUGAGGUGGACUUGUCAUUUCCUCACUCUUUCAAUAUAUGUUGGCGGCUUCUAGGAGGAAUAGAGAUUUUCUUUCUCUUAGGCUGCUGUUGUGUGCCUUUGUUGAUAACAGUGGAGAAAGAGAAGGAAAAGAGCCUCAAUACAUUAACAUUAGAGAAAACUUUAACUCCUAGCAAAAAUAUAUGUAUCAGCUCCAUCCCACAGGUUGAUUUUGCAGUAACAGUAUCGUCGCUGCUUGGUGUCCCCUUUCCGUUUGGAAGCAUCGGGCGUGUUAAUCCUGAGUUAUAUGCUUUAGCUGUUUGUACAUGGAACUUGGAUGACGAUAAGACAUGGAACAACCAGGAUCAAACAAAGUUGGAAGAAUGGUUGCAAAAUUAUGCUAAUGUCCUCUGCAUCAAUUCAUGGCAGGUGAAAAGAUAUAUUGAUGUUUAUUCAGCUUCAUCAGUCAUCGGAUUUUCCUCUGAAGACCUAUUCCGUAUAUCAGAUUUAUACUCUAAAGCAGAUGAGAAUUGGUCAUAUACUAAGAAUUUAUCGUCGUACAAAAAUGGAAGUUCCAACACAUCAUUGCCAGUUCUCAAAAGGCAAAUAGUUGCCUAUUCUAAUUUUCUUUCUUAUGUUGCUGAGCUGGCUCGUUCCAAGUGGACUGAGUUUAAUUUAAAGAUGAUGGGCACCGGCAUUGGGAUUAUGUUAUUAUCUUUAUAUUGUCAUACCCUCGCCAUUAAGAAGCUGAAUAAGUCCUAUGGUGUCUCUCUUCUGUCAUCCAGAGAUUCUGGAAUUUCCUUUGGGUUAAUGCUUACUUUCUUUAUGGUACUGAUACGUGCAGGGAGUCUACUUUCAAAUAGUUAUAUUUUGAAAGAAGGGAAAGCUGCAAAUUUCCUCUUGGCCACUACUGGCAUCAUGACAUUACGUUAUUCUUUCAUGAAGAACAAGAUGCUAAUUGAAGCAGCUAUAUUUCUUCUUUUGACAUUCAUUUUUAGGAUUGCUAUUGAAGUUGGUCUUUUCAAGCAAGCUGCCACUUCUCAAUUCAUGAGUUCAUCCUCUUCAUGGAUGCUUGGGAUUUCUAUAAGCCAAUCAUUGUGGACAUAUAUGGCUGAGAUUAUGCCGAUUCUUGCAUUGAUCGUUUUAGGUUACUUUUUAUACAAGUCCAUUUCUAGCUGCUAUUGGGGAAUUCCAAAAUAUGUUAUCAUGGGAACAAUUUUAUGCUAUUUUCUCGUAGCAUUGCAUUGGAUUUCUGAAAGCAACAUAUUGGAUCUGGCCCAUUUUCUUAAAGGAUUUGGAAAAAAUUGCAUCCCUCGGACAGUUUAUGCUAUCACACUUGUUCAGCUGUCACUGUUGGCAAUUGUUCCGAUGUUCUGCAAGGAGGAAACUUCAAAUUGCAGAGGAAGCUUGUUUGUUAAAAUGAUGUCUAUUUUAUCUGCAUGUAGUUCAACAAUUAUUAUUCUCCAAGGAAAACAAGGUGCAUUGGUUGCAUUAGGAUCCUUGUUAGCAGGUUAUUGCAUGAUGAGGCUUCAAGGCAUAGAACAACAUACCGUCAGUGGAACUGCAGGAAUUUCAAUUUUGGACCCUCUUCCUGUUUUGCAGUGGAGUCUGUUAGCUGUGUGUCUGCUUUUUGCAAGUGGUCACUGGUGUGCUUUUGAUGGCCUGCGAUAUGGUGCUGCAUUUGUCGGGUUUGACGAGUUCAUUCUCAUACCACAAGCAAUCCUCCUUACAAUUGAUACAUUCGGAUUUUCUCACAUCCUUUCUGUAUUUGGACUACCUCUUUUUGUUGCAUUCCCAUCUUCAUUCAAUCAGACGGAGCACAAAAGUCUCUUUCCUAUAAAGUUAUUUUGGAUAUUUAUGGUGUAUGGACUCAUUACGGCUAUUACUGCCACUGCUACUAUACUAUGUGUCACCAUCCAACGGCGGCAUUUAAUGGUAUGGGGAUUAUUUGCACCCAAGUUUGUUUUUGAUGUGGUGGGGCUUAUCCUUACUGACCUCCUCAUUUUUGUGGCAUCCAUUUACUACUUUAAUGGACUAGAGGAUCGUAUUGGCAAUGCCGAAUUGAGGAGGCUCUGGUAGAUUCAUUUAGCAGAUAAAUAAUGAGUAUAUGACAUAGAAAAUAUUGCUCAGAAAUAUGCCAAAUCAAAAAUUUUGCAGGAUAUCAUUUGUAGUAGAAA